AUCAGAGGCUUCACACAGUUCACAAACGCGACCGGCGGCGUCAGAACACGACUGGAAUACCGGACGCGACAGAGGACACCUGGCGUCAACGCAGCCUCAUUCACCCCCUGGAAGUUUUGUUGGGAGCGCAUAGAGCCGAGCCUCAUCUGACUAAUGCAAACAGUGCAUACAGCCAUGAGGAUUUAUUGGAUUCUUGCACUAUUUCUAACUGGCGCUUCCUCUGUUACUGUGAUGCUGAAUCGCCCAACAUCACUUCCUUGCUGCAGCGGUGAAAAAGUCGUGUGGAGGAAGACCUUCCCCAUAAAAGCAACUGUUGCUGAAUGCCAAAAGGAGAAAUGCAUCAUAAUAGAAACUUUUCGAGAAAGAUUUGCAAUCACGCGUGACGACAACUACUCUCUAUUUCUUAAGUCAGCAAAAUACAAUGACCUGGGGCAAUACGAGUGUAGCUGUGAUGGCUUAAUCAAGCAAGUUAUCCUGGAUGUUGUAGUUCCUAUAAACGUGACAGCUGUUGAGUUGGGAAAUGUCACUCUCCCGUGUUAUGCGGAUACUCAAUGCGAUGUCAGGGAUGUGACAUGGCUACAUAAUGAGCAAAACGUUCUGCACUGCACUACAAAUGGAGCCACAAACCCAGGCAUCGGCUAUGAGGACAGAGUAUUGCUGACAGAGGACGGAUUCAGAGACGGCGAUGUGUCUCUGACCAUCACAGGUGUCCAAAAGAGAGAUGAAGGAUUUUACCGCUGCUUCGUUGAUGAGGAAAAUAUUAAAGGAAACCCACAUGCCUACAUGCUGCAUGUCAGUGAGAGGAGUGCAGGAGGAGACCAAACUGAGAGCAGCAACAAAGAAAAAACCCCAACUUGCUUAGGAUUGAUCUUACCUUUCUCACUCUUGAUUUGCUUGCUGCUUAUUCUUUUAUGCCGUAAGAAGAAGGCAUCACCCACAGAGGAAACUACAGAUAGCGAGCCCGUACAGGAGAGUGACCAAAAGCAUUCAACUCGUCCGUUUUAUUCUGGAGAAGAGACCUAUAUGAACUGUCAAACCUGAGAUUGAACGAUUACAGUCAUUCCACUCAAACACAGGAACAUGAUUGUUAGCAGUGUCAUUCAGGUAACUGGCAGCUGCUUGUUUGAUGCACAGGUGCAAAAUAUUGGGACCACAGAAUGUUUUGAACACUGUUGUGUGAGUUGUGUACCGAGUUGGAAAGAGGGUACAAAAUGUAGAUAGAUGGGAGACUUUUAAUAUUACUUCUUAUAUAAGACAUUAUUUACACAAAUAUAUAUUUAUAUUUCUAAAUGAUCAAAACUGUAGUUCAUGAGAAUAACAAAUGUAUGUAUAUGAUGAUAAAUAACAGAUUUUUCGUGGCCUCUUACAGUCUCCUCCUGAGCUUAUUAUCAGUCGCCAUUCACUUUCUUUAUUUUCAGUCACCAUUGAGAAUGUGUGUGAGUGAAGAAAUGCACAUAUAGCCUCUUUUGUGCUGUAUAAGGUAUUGUUUUUCUUUUAUCCUGAGCUGCCUUAUUCCUGUUUUUCUUUGUUACAUUACAUCAAGGUGAAUUUGUCUUGAGUGAGAAAUGAUUACUUUUAAGGUUUUUCAUCCUUAAAGAUUUAGGUGAUUUGUUUGUGUGACAAUUCAAUCGAUAUAAAAAAAAUGUUUACUGAGAAGACUCCCCUUUGCUUCUUUUGUGGCAUGGAAGAUGAGUCUGUCCCCAUUAUCUUCGUAAUAUUGCACGUCUUCGAUCUUC